GCGGCUCAUUGAGAGCGAGAGUGACUUACAGGGGAAGAAAAGUUAGUAGCAAAGAGAGGAAGGUAUAAGAGUGGGAGGUGUGAGUUAGACCGCAAAAUACGGGACAGGGAGAGAAAGAGGUGACAGGGUUACGAUCACAGUGACUGAAGAGUGACUGUGACAAUAACUGAGUGACAGCGAGUUUGACAGUGCAGGAGUGCUACUUUCCCUCUGUCCUCUCACCCAUAGCUACUUCCCUCUCCUGUCCCCACAUAUCCUUACCCUUCUCCCCCUCCACCCUUAGUGCCUUUCUCCCCUACUGACGUCUCAAUUUAUUGCACCUUUGCCACCCUAUCUUAUACCCAUUCCGCUACCCACACCCCAUCUCAUUGCUUCUCUCCCCAAUCUUGCUCAUUUUCUUUUCUCUUGGGGGCUGCCAUGUCCUCCAUCCUGCCCUUCACUCCCCCCAUCGUUAAGAGACUGCUGGGUUGGAAGAAGGGAGAGCAGAAUGGUCAAGAGGAGAAAUGGUGCGAGAAGGCGGUGAAAAGCCUGGUGAAAAAACUCAAGAAGACUGGACAGCUGGACGAACUGGAGAAAGCACUGACCACACAGAGCAUCAGCACCAAAUGCAUCACUAUCCCCAGGUCCUUGGAUGGGAGACUCCAGGUGUCACACCGGAAAGGUCUGCCGCAUGUUAUAUAUUGCAGACUGUGGAGGUGGCCUGACUUGCACAGUCACCAUGAGCUGAGAGCCAUGGAGAUAUGUGAAUAUGCUUUUAACAUGAAAAAGGAUGAAGUGUGUGUGAAUCCUUAUCAUUACCAAAGAGUGGAAACUCCAGUUCUGCCUCCAGUGCUGGUUCCACGACACACCGAGAUUCCCACCGAAUUCCCUCCUCUUGAUGAUUACAGCCAUUCCAUCCCAGAGAACACUAACUUCCCAGCAGGCAUUGAGCCACAAAUAAACUACAUUCCAGAAACUCCUCCCCCUGGCUAUUUGAGCGAAGAUGGAGAGACCAGUGACCAAAUGAAUCACAGUGUCGAUUCAGGUUCACCAAGUCUGUCUCCAAACUCUAUGUCACCCGCACACAGUAACAUGGACCUGCAGCCAGUCACGUACUGCGAGCCAGCUUUUUGGUGCUCCAUUUCCUAUUAUGAGCUGAACCAGAGAGUAGGAGAGACUUUUCAUGCCUCCCAACCCUCCAUGACUGUGGAUGGAUUUACAGACCCCUCAAACUCUGAACGUUUCUGCCUUGGGCUGCUCUCCAACGUGAAUCGCAAUGCUGCUGUGGAGCUGACCCGGAGGCAUAUUGGGAGAGGAGUGCGUCUAUAUUAUAUUGGAGGUGAAGUGUUUGCCGAAUGCCUCAGUGAUAGUGCAAUAUUUGUACAGUCUCCAAAUUGUAACCAGAGAUAUGGCUGGCACCCUGCCACCGUCUGCAAAAUUCCUCCAGGAUGUAACCUAAAGAUUUUUAAUAACCAGGAGUUUGCGGCACUCCUGGCCCAGUCAGUAAACCAGGGAUUUGAGGCAGUGUAUCAGCUUACCAGGAUGUGUACCAUACGGAUGAGCUUUGUCAAGGGUUGGGGAGCAGAGUACAGGCGUCAGACAGUAACUAGCACCCCCUGCUGGAUUGAGCUACACCUAAAUGGGCCUCUUCAGUGGUUGGAUAAAGUACUUACACAGAUGGGUUCUCCAACAAUUCGCUGCUCCAGUGUUUCUUAGAGAAGCAUUUAGGUUUUGGGAUCUUUUUCAGCCAAGUAGUGCAACAGAGUUUUUGGACUAAAUCUGCACAAGACUGCUCAGUCCAUGUUGACCGAGGUCUGAGCACACAAACUGCAAACCCAAGAUUUACUGCACACAACUUCACAGAUGGGUAUCCCUCAGAAGCAGAAUCACUGAUGAUAUGUUUUUUUGUUAAUAUUGUGAGUUUUGCUGCUCUUCUACACCCAGCUGUCUGGUGCAAUAUUUCAAGAAUCCUGCAAGCGCACAAAGGGCACCCUAACUGCUAUGGUGCAUUAUGCAGAUCCAUGACCAGGGACAAAUAAGAAUAUUGAGAAUCAAAAUUGCCUACUAAGCUUAAAAUGUUCCUUGUUUGUUUUUUUUUCUCUGAAAUCAACAGAAUGUGCUAAGCCACAGCUCCAGAUCGUAGUGGCAUGGGAAGAAUAUGAAGAAAGCCUGUAGAGAACAAAGAGUAAUAACAUUGUAGCUGUGCACAUAGCUCUUUUGCAGACUGGAGAUCAACUGGGCUUCAUGGACCUGGAAAUAUGUUAAAUACAGAUCAUUUUUAAAAAAAAUCAUCACACUAGCAAUCUGCUAGAUGUGCCUUUUCUAUGCUGCUGUAUCUCACAUGACUGCUGUGCAGUUGUUUGAGAUCAGGCUGUAGUACAAUCACAUUGUAAUCCCACUGGCUCUUCCUGAUACAUUCCUGAUGAUAAAAUAUAUUUUAUAAAAGGGAGAAUAUAGAGACUAUGUAAAGUUGGCCUUUAGAUCUUUCCAAGAGAAACAAAACUAAAGGACCUAAAGUUACUUUCUAAGUCUUGUGUCUGUUAUUUGCCGCCCAUGUAUUGAUCAGAUGCAUCACACUCUUUCGGGAAAGCCAUUUAAGGAUUAAAAUCCUAAAUACGCAAGGACAAAUAAUGACAAUGUCACACCGGGAUGUGUUAUUGGACUUGUUGGGCAAUAUUUACUAUAAUAGUAAAAACUAAAUCACAUUUCUGGAUAUUGUUAUUGAUUUCCAUUUCUAAUUUACAAAUCUGUAAAUAUAUAAAAACAACAAUGCACACAAGUGAGCAAAACAGGAUGGAAUCCUUUGUUGUCUGAAUAUGAUAAGGAUGUUCAGUUAACUUCAGCACUAGUAUUAGCAAGAAAAUUCCUAAACAGAGGCUAUAGUGUGUUGCUGAUAAUACUUGUAAUAAACUUUACAUAUAGCAUUAUGGGUCAGGAUUGACAUCACUGAGUGUGAUAGUCACAUUUCUACAUGUUGUAUUAGUCAGCACAAGCAAACACUGCUAUUGAAAGGUUAACUCAUCACACUAGGGAUACAAUACAGAGAAUUGCUGCAUAACACAGAUUUGUUACACCACCUGCCUGUUGCCACUCCAGGAUUUAGCUCCAAGUUCCUGUAUUAAUAUUGCUUGUAGCAGAAACUAUCGCCUUAUGGGUUUGUAGCAUAUUUGGGGUAUUUAACCCCAUGUGAAUUUGUAGCAUGAAAAAUGGGUAUGUAGCCAAUGGCCUGCUAAUAAAUGCUUUAAACUAGAUAUUUCUUUUCUGCCUUUUAGGCAUCUAUUUUAAGCCUAAAAUUUAUUUUUCUUUGGGCAACCUCUGGGAAGUCAGAGGACCUGUACUUAAGCUCUAUUGAGAUUAUUUAUUAAGUCUGGUCAGUACUGCAGGGUCCCUUAGUUUUAGACAGGCAAGUUUAUCUUACUAUACCCGGUUCUUGAUGUGAAGGAGAGACACCUACAUUACAAUAUAAUGCUCAGAAAAGAACCCCAGAGACUGUAAUUUCUCUCCUUGUCGGCAAGUUUUUGACCAUCAUGCCCGGAGUAUAAUUAGUCAGUCUGUUUACAGAUACAUAUUAAAUACUCACAGAUUAAUGUCAAUUGGUUACUGUAUCAGAUAAACCAGUGAAAGACACACAAUAUAAAAUAGGGCACAUAUAUGGCAACAGAGCCCACAAAACUGCUGGACUGCAGCAUCUAUAUUAGUACAACAGCUAAUGUGUAUAAACAUAGUGUGUGGGAGCGUGAACUAGGAAGGAAAGAGUGAAGACAUAUAUUGUGGGGUACAAAAUGGGACAUUUAUUUACACCCCAGACAAGGAUUGGGGGCAGAAGGGGAAUCCUUCAAGGGCCACAUGCAGCCCCCAGGCCGCUGGUAGCCCACCACUGACAAUCCUUUAAUGUUAUCAAUCGUUAAGAAGGGUAUUAUUCAGGAUAUUGGUAUCAUUGCUUUUGGAUUUCUUUAUUAUUUCAACUCACAUUUUGGUUCCUCAUUGCCUGUGUGAAAUGUUGAUGUUGAAUGUAAAUAAAUCCUUAUUAUUGGCAUUCAAAUGUGGCAGUGGAAUUGUAUUAAUUAUGCAUUACUUUAUGAUGUCCAUCAAGUGCAAUAAACUGGGCAAAUAAAGUCUUAUCCAUACUGUU